CAGCAGAGGGAGCGCGGCCCGCACACGCACACGCACACGCACACGCUUCCUGUGUACCCCGCGUGAGCUGCUGCCGAGAGAGAGAGAGACAGGUACAUGCACGCUAGCCUCGCCUCGUAUGCGGCGGCGGCGGCGGCCAUGCCGACCCUGGACCUCCGCCCCGAGAUGGCUCACGCGCACCAGCCCGCCAUGUCGCCCUCGCACCACGCCUGGGACGGCAAUGGCGCCGCCGUCGCCCCCACCCCCAUGCCCAAGAGGCUGGAGGGGAAGGUGGCCAUUGUGACCGGCGGCGCGCGGGGGAUCGGCGAGGCCAUCGUGCGGCUGUUCGCCAAGCACGGGGCCCCGGUGGUGAUCGCGGACAUCGACGGCGCGGCGGGCGAGGCGCUGGCGUCGGCGCUGGGCCCGCAGGUCAGCUUCGUGCGCUGCGACGUGUCCGUGGAGGAGGACGUCAAGCGGGCCGUGGACUGGGCGCUGUCGCGCCACGGCGGCCGCCUCGACAUCUACUGCAACAACGCCGGGGUGCUGGGCCGCCAGACGCGCGCCGCCAAGAGCAUCCUCUCCUUCGACGCGGGCGAGUUCGACCGCGUGCUCCGCGUCAACGCGCUGGGCGCCGCGCUCGGGAUGAAGCACGCGGCGCUCGCCAUGGCGCCUCGCCGCGCGGGGAGCAUCGUCUCCGUCGCCAGCGUCGCCAGCGUGCUCGGCGGCCUGGGGCCCCACGCCUACACCGCCUCCAAGCACGCCAUCGUCGGCCUCACCAAGAACGCCGCCUGCGAGCUCGGCGCGCACGGCAUCCGCGUCAACUGCGUCUCCCCCUUCGGCGUCGCCACACCCAUGCUCAUCAACGCCUGGCGCCAGGGCCACGGAGACGCCGACGACGCCGACCUCGACCUCGACAUCACCGUUCCCAGCGACGAGGAGGUGGAGAAGAUGGAGGAGGUGGUCAGGGGACUCGCCACGCUCAAGGGCACCACGCUGAGACCCAGGGACAUCGCCGAGGCGGUCCUUUUCCUGGCCAGCGACGAGUCCAGAUACAUCUCCGGCCACAAUCUCGUCGUGGACGGCGGCGUCACCACCUCGAGAAACCUCAUCGGGUUGUGACUGCGAUUUCAUCCCAUUGCAGUGCAAAUUAGUUCUUAGAGAGAGAGAGGAAAAAAGAUUGUUGAUUUAGGAGCCGAUGCAGCUGUACUCCAAGUGAUUUCAUUCGGUUGAUUUAUUCAACAACAAUUGUCGAGCUUGAACA